ACCGACAAGACCUACACGAACAAGAUUGUCUUUUGGCAAAUAAAUGAAUUAUUUUUUUUAUCACACAAAUUAUGUGCACAAAAUAUUUUACAUAGAUUUCGAUAGAAAACGGCGACAGCCACUUUCCUCUCGUUUCAACUAUUGAUUCAUACAGGGCAUGAUAUUUAUCGCAUGUUAUAAUGGAAGAUCUUGCACCAAUCGACACAUCAAAGACCCCGAUAGUGUGGGUGCUCGGCGGCCCCGGGUCCGGGAAGGGCACGCAAUGCGAGAAGAUCAUAGCCAAAUACGGGUUCACUCACCUCUCUACCGGGGAUCUUCUCCGCGCGGAGGUCAAGAGUGGCACCGACAGGGCCAAGCAGCUCACUGCCAUCAUGGAGCGGGGUGAAUUGGUCCCAAACAAUAUAGUGUUGGAUCUGCUGAAGGAGGCGAUCUUGGCCAAUGCCGCCACCUCCAAGGGUUUCCUCAUAGACGGGUACCCGCGGGAACAGUCCCAAGGCAUCGCCUUUGAGCAGGCUAUCGCACCAGUCAGUACAAUCCUGUACUUCGAGGCGAGCUCGGACACGCUCACGAAGCGCCUGCUGGGCCGCGCGGCCAGCUCGGGGCGCGCGGACGACAACCAGGAGACCAUCAAGCUGCGGCUCAAGACCUUCCUCGACAACAACGACAAGGUGCUGGCGCAGUACCCCCACAAGCUGCAGAGGAUAAACGCGGAGCGAGCAGUGGACGCGAUCUUCGCGGACGUGCAGAAGGUGCUGGACCCGUUGGUGAAGUGAGCCGACAGACGAACCACACAACACUAGACAAUUGUACAUACUUUUAAAUUAUUUUUAAAGACACGUUGAUUAAUAAUGUUUUUAUUCUGAUAAGAAAA